UGUUUUCUGCUGUUGUUUGUUUGUUGAUCCUCUCUUCUCUUGUAAAUGUGACGUGGACUCAUAAUCAACUAUCGUAUAGUCCCCGAAUCAAAUUAAAAUUUUGCCUAUUUAUGAAAUGAGUUCUUUUUUAACGCUGCAGAAGAUGUCAGAAAGAAGUUGAAAUUAUUUUAUAUAUUUCAUAAAACUCUGUAACUUAAUAUGCAGUUGCCCUCCUUCACUCUGAUAAUUUCUCUUGUGUUCUUGGCGUACAUUGGACAUUCCAUAUGGAACCUAGCAAGAUUGUUCAUUCCACCUCCUUGUCCUCCAGAUGUACAUUGUAUCCAGUACUAUCUGCAAGACAAUCCAAAACUGCAGAUAGCGGUUUUCACUUCGCCUACCCUGAGGCCAAGCAGCGCCGGGGAAAUACAGAAGGUUGCUACCAUUCGUGACUUUGACUAUGAUGCUGCCUUUGAAAGAACAAUAAGUGUACCAUUACCGAGACAGACUGUGAAGAACGGUACGUUAUGCAUGCACCUGUUUGUGCUGCCAAGAUACACUACGGUACGAGAGUGGAGCGACGCAAGUCAAGCCAAGGAUAAAGUCUACACCCAGGCAAUGCUGUCCCACUAUCAAGUGCCUUCUAGUGCUACCUACCAGCUACUUAGUGGGGGUGUAGAGAAAAAACAGCUGAGGCCAGUGACUCACAUCAAGAGCAGUAUUGGGUUUAACAUUCUGACUGGAAUCACUGCUUUGCCUCAGAUAGGUAUACCUGCAGAGCUUCAACAUCAUUUGAGGUUGUCAGAAGAAGGAGGUUUUUUGCCCAUCAUUCAGAUUGAUAUUCUAAAUGACCGAUUGCGAAACCUUGUGGAAAUACCAGAAAACUCAACAGUUGACAUUAAGUUCUAUUACGCUCCGAUUUCAAUAGGAAAAUUAAGGUUAGUUCUACAUCUGAAAGAAGCGUUCCAAAUGCUAAAGACCCUGGGGUUCGCUGACAAAGACAUGGACGAACUAAAAGGCAUCUUUGCAGACACAAAUAUCUAUUUGCUGUGUGGAACUGUGUUCAUCUCAUCUGUCCAUCUCCUGUUUGACUUCUUGGCGCUAAAGAACGACGUGAAUUUCUGGCGAACGAGAAAGACAUUGGCAGGCCUGUCGGGGAGGACGAUAAUGUGGAGAGCCUUCAGUCAGUUUGUCGUAUUUCUGUACUUAAUGGAUGAAGAAACAUCUCUGCUAGUUUUGAUACCUUCGGGAAUUUCUACUCUAAUAGAGAUCUGGAAGGUGCAGAAGGUUGUUCCUGUGGACUGGAGACGGUUCAAGUUAAAACCUCAAAAACUAACGAAGGCUGAAAGAGACACUAGGGACUUUGACGCUGAGAGUAUGAAGUAUCUCUCCUACGUCUUGUAUCCCCUGUGUAUCGGGGCUGCUGUGUACUCGCUGGUCUACGAGUCACAUAGGAGUUGGUAUUCGUGGUGCAUUCAUAGUUUAGUGAACGGAGUCUAUGCUUUUGGGUUCCUAUUUAUGUUGCCUCAGUUGUUUAUCAACUAUCGGCUCAAAUCUGUGGCUCAUCUUCCGUGGAGAUCUUUCAUGUAUAAGGCGUUCAACACCUUCAUUGAUGAUGUUUUUGCCUUCAUAAUAACAAUGCCAACGGCACAUAGACUGGCUUGCUUCAGAGAUGACGUAGUCUUCCUGGUAUAUCUCUAUCAGAGGUGGUUGUAUCCAGUUGACAAAUCCAGGAUGGAUGAAGCUGCAAUCUCUGUCGGUGAAAUGGACUCGACAUCAGACGACAAGAAAACAAACUGAGCAACGAUAGAAGUUCUAAUUGCACUGACUGGUGAUAUUUUUUAUAGUUUUCAAUUGUUAUUUAUUUUACAUCUAGCAAAAAAAAUUAGACAAGUGUUU